GGCCUUUGCCCCGGCCCCCGGGCGUCACGAUGACCGACACCCGGCGGCGGGUGAAGGUUUACACGCUCAACGAGGACCGGCAGUGGGACGACCGGGGCACCGGGCGUGUGUCGUCCGGCUACGUGGAGCGGCUGAAGGGCAUGUCCCUGCUUGUCAGGGCCGAGAGCGACGGUUCUCUACUUUUAGAGUCCAAAAUAAAUCCUAAUACUGCAUACCAGAAACAACAGGACACUUUGAUUCUGUGGUCUGAAGCAGAAAAUUAUGACUUGGCCCUUAGCUUUCAAGAAAAAGCUGGAUGUGAUGAAAUUUGGGAGAAAAUAUGUCAGGUUCAAGGAAAGGACCCAUCAGUGGACAUCACUCAGGACCUUGUAGAUGAGUCUGAAGAGGAGCGGUUUGAUGAUAUGUCAUCGCCAGGUUUAGAAUUGCCAUCUUGUGAAUUAAGUCGCCUUGAGGAAAUUGCAGAACUUGUGGCAUCUUUACCUUCCCCCCUGCGUCGUGAAAAACUUGCACUAGCACUGGAAAAUGAGGGUUACAUUAAAAAGCUCUUAGAGCUUUUUCAUGUGUGUGAGGAUUUGGAAAAUAUUGAAGGACUGCACCACUUGUAUGAAAUUAUCAAAGGCAUCUUCCUCUUGAAUCGAACUGCUCUUUUUGAAGUUAUGUUCUCUGAGGAAUGUAUAAUGGACGUCAUUGGAUGCUUAGAAUAUGAUCCUGCUUUAUCACAACCACGAAAACAUAGGGAAUUUCUAACAAAAACAGCCAAAUUUAAAGAAGUGAUUCCCACAUCAGAUCCUGAGCUGAAACAAAAAAUUCAUCAGACAUACAGAGUUCAGUAUAUACAAGACAUGGUUCUACCUACCCCUUCAGUCUUUGAAGAAAAUAUGUUAUCAACACUUCACUCUUUUAUCUUUUUCAAUAAGGUAGAAAUUGUUGGUAUGUUACAGGAAGAUGAAAAAUUUCUGACAGAUUUGUUUGCACAGCUAACAGAUGAAGCAACAGAUGAGGAAAAAAGACAGGAAUUGGUUAACUUUUUAAAAGAAUUUUGUGUGUUCUCCCAAACGCUACAACCUCAAAACAGAGAUGCUUUUUUCAAGACUUUGUCAAACAUGGGUAUAUUACCAGCUUUAGAAGUCAUCCUUGGCAUGGAUGAUACACAGGUGUGAAGUGCUGCUACUAAUAUAUUCUCAUACUUGGUUGAAUAUAAUCUAUCCAUGGUACGAGAGUUUGUCAUGCAGGAGGCACAACAGAAUGAUGAUGUAAGUCAGAAGUUAACAGAGCAAAAAAUAACCAACAAGGAUAUUUCGCUCAUCAACCUCAUUAUAGAACAUAUGAUUUGUGAUACAGACCCUGAACUUGGAGGAGCAGUCCAGCUUAUGGGCCUCCUUCGAACAUUAGUUGACCCAGAAAACAUGUUAGCUACUGCCAAUAAAACAGAAAAGACUGAAUUUCUGGGUUUCUUCUACAAGCACUGUAUGCAUGUCCUUACUGCUCCCUUACUGGCAAAUACAACAGAAGACAAACCUAGCAAAGAUGAUUUUCAGACUGCCCAGUUCUUGGCACUUGUAUUGGAAUUGUUAACAUUUUGUGUGGAGCACCAUACCUACCACAUAAAGAACUACAUUAUUCAUAAGGACAUUCUCCGGAGAGUGUUAGUUCUUAUGGCCUCGAAGCAUGCUUUCUUGGCAUUAUGUGCUCUUCAUUUUAAGAGAAAGAUUACUGGAUUAAAAGGUGAGUUUUACAACCGCUACAUAAUGAAAAGUUUUUUGUUUGAACCAGUAGUCAAAGCAUUUCUUAACAAUGGAUCCUGCUACAAUCUGAACUCUGCCAUAAUAGAAAUGUUUGAAUUUAUUAGAGUGGAAGAUAUAAAAUCAUUAACUGCUCAUGUAAUUGAAAAUUACUGGAAAGCACUGGAAGAUGUAGAUUAUGUACACAAAGGAUUGAAACUGAGAUUUGAACAACAAAGAGAAAGGCAAGGUAAUCCCAAACUUGACAGUAUGCGUUCCAUUUUGAGGAAUCAUAGAUAUCGAAGAGACGCCAGAACACUAGAAGAUGAAGAGGAGAUGUGGUUCAACACAGAUGAAGAUGACAUGGAAGAUGGAGAAGCUGUCGUGUCUCCAUCUGACAAAACUAGAAUGAUGAUGACAUUAUGGAUCCAAUAAGUAAAUUCAUGGAGAGGAAGAAAUUAAAAGAAAGUGAGGAAAAG